AUGGUUGCUACGAAUCUCAACGCCGCUCCCGCGGAGCUUGCAGGCAAGGUCGCCCUUGUGACAGGCGGCAGUCGCGGUAUCGGGUCUGGGAUUGCCCUCGAAUUGGCAAAGAAGGGUGCCUCCGUGGCCAUCAAUUUUGCUCGGGAUUCCAAGUCUGCCGAUAAAAUGGUGCAAGAGAUUGAAGCGCAGGGGGUCCAUGCGGCCGCCUUCCAGGCGGACUUGACUCAGGUCGAGGCCAUCGAAAACUUGUUCCGACAGGUGGUGGCACACUUUGGCCAACUCGACAUCGUCGUCUCCAACUCGGGCACCGAGAAGUUCGUGUCUCUCCAGGAUACGACACUGGCUGAUUUCAACGACGUCUUCGACCUGAACACACGAGCUCAGUUCUUCGUUGCCAAGAACGCCUACGACUACAUCCAGCCGGGCGGACGCGUCGUGCUCAUGUCUUCCAUCGCUGCGGGCGUGGGUGUCCCGGGACACUCGCUGUACGCGGGCAGCAAAAGCGCCGUGGAGGGCUUCACGCGCUGCUUCGCGGCCGACUUUGGAAAGAAGCGAUGCACGGUGAACGCGAUCGCCCCCGCCGGUGUGAAGAGUGACAUGUGGCUGAAGAAUUCGUGGCGCUAUGCCCCGGGUUGCAACCAGAACUCGUCGCUCGAGGAGAUCGAGCAAGCCCUGGCCAACGGCAGUCCUCUGAAGCGGUGCGGUGUGCCGGCAGACAUUGGCCGCGUCGUGGCAUUCCUGGCCAGUCCGGCAGGAGAAUGGGUCAACGGUGAGUGGUGGAAUGCGACAACGGGACUCGGGAUUCUGGCUAAUUCGUCGUUCUGUGCAGGUCAAAUUUUGCCGUUGAACGGCGGUGCCAACAUUUAA